AUGGCGGAACUGGACACGUUGGACAUCCUGGUCCUGGGUGUCAUCCUGCUGGGAACAUUUGCCUACCUGACAAAGGGCACGCUCUGGGCCAAGCAGAAGGAUCCCUAUGCCAAUGCCGCCUACCUCAACGGCAAUGCCGCCAGGGCGGGCAAGACGCGCAACUUUGUCGAGAAGAUGGAGGAGUCUGGCAAAAACUGUAUCAUCUUCUAUGGCUCGCAGACUGGUACCGCUGAGGACUACGCCUCUCGUCUUGCCAAGGAGGGCAAGAGCCGCUUCGGCCUCGAGACCAUGGUCGCUGACCUAGAAGAGUACGACUUCGACGCUAUGGAUACCCUGCCUUCGGACAAGAUCGCCUUCUUCGUCAUGGCCACCUACGGCGAGGGCGAGCCCACUGAUAACGCCGUCGAAUUCUACGAGUUCAUCAACGGAGACGACGUCGCCUUCUCCCAGGGCGGCGAAGACGCUCCUCUCGACAACUUCCACUACGUCGCUUUCGGUCUCGGUAACAACACCUACGAACACUACAACUCCAUGGUCAGGGAUGUCGACAGGCUCCUGACCAAGUAUGGCGCUCACCGCAUUGGAAACGCUGGCGAGGGUGACGAUGGCGCUGGAACCAUGGAAGAGGACUUUUUGGCUUGGAAGGAACCCAUGUGGGCUGCUUUGGCUGCUCACAUGGGCCUGGAAGAGCGCGAGGCCGUCUACGAACCCGUCUUUGGCAUUACUGUCCGUGAGGGCCUGACUCCUCAGUCCCCCGAAGUCUACCUCGGCGAGCCCAAUAAGAUGCACCUUGAAGGCGCCCAGAAGGGCCCCUUCAACGCUCACAACCCGUACAUUGCCCCCAUUGCCGAAUCCUACGAACUCUUCAAGGUCAAGGACAGGAACUGCAUCCACCUUGAGAUUGACAUCAGCGGCUCCACCCUGUCGUACACUACUGGUGACCACAUUGCCAUCUGGCCUACCAACGCUGGUGACGAGGUCGACCGAUUCCUGCGCGUCACUGGACUUACCGACAAGCGUGAGCAAGUCAUCUCCGUCAAGGCUCUUGAGCCCACUGCCAAGGUUCCCUUCCCGACCCCGACCACUUAUGAUGCUAUCGUCCGCUACCACUUGGAAAUUGGUGCUCCCGUCUCCCGUCAAUUUGUCUCCACUCUCGCUGCUUUUGCUCCUAACGAGGAGAUCAAGACUGAGAUGACCAAGCUGGGUAGCGACAAGGACUACUUCCAUGAGAAGACCGGUUCUCAGCUCUUCAACAUUGCUCGCUUAUUGGAACACGUCGGCAACGGAGAGACCUGGGACAAGAUCCCCUUCUCUGCUUUCAUUGAAGGCUUGACCAAGCUGCAGCCCCGCUACUACUCCAUCUCGUCCUCUUCCCACGUUCAGCCCAAGAAGAUUUCCGUCACCGCCGUCGUCGAGUCGUCCAUGGUUGUCGGCCGACAGGACCCGUUCCGCGGCGUCGCCACCAACUACCUGCUGGCCUUGAAGCAGAAGCAGAAUGGAGAUCCCGAACCUUCGCCUUUUGGUUUGACCUACGAGCUCCACGGUCCCCGUAACAAGUACGAUGGUAUUCACGUCCCGGUUCACGUUCGCCACUCCAACUUCAAGCUGCCGUCCGACCCUGCCAAGCCUAUUAUCAUGAUUGGCCCCGGAACUGGUGUUGCUCCUUUCCGAGGUUUCAUCCAGGAGCGAGCCCAGCAGGCACGCGAAGGUAUCAAUGUUGGUCGCACUAUUCUGUUUUUCGGCUGCCGUAAGAGCACUGAGGAUUUCAUGUACGAAUCUGAAUUCGAGGAAUACAAGAAAGCCCUUGGCGACAAGUUCGAAUUGGUCACUGCCUUCUCUCGAGAAUCUUCCAAAAAGGUUUACGUUCAGCACAGACUCAAGGAGCGGUCCGCCGAGAUCAGCGACCUGCUUUCCCAAAAGGCCUUCUUCUAUGUCUGCGGUGACGCUGCCAACAUGGCCCGUGAAGUCAACACUGUUCUGGCUCAGAUCAUUGCUGAGGGCCGUGGCGUCUCAGAGUCCAAGGCAGAGGAGAUUGUCAAGAAUAUGAGAGCAGCAAACCAGUACCAGGAGGAUGUCUGGUCAUAA